CCUCAGCGCUCGGGCCUGCGCCGCCCUCAGCGGGGCCCGGCCCGGCCCUGCCCGCCCGGGGGUGCCCCAGGCCGGGUGUGCGAGCCCCGGCCGGGGCGUGCUCGGCGCGGGGCACGAUGGUGGAGAAGCGGUGCCCGCGGCUGCAGCGGGACGGCGUGUACCGCUGGUUCUCCGAGCUGCCCUCCCCGCAGCGCGUGGAGUUCCUGUGCGGCCUCCUGGACCUGUGCAUCCCGCUGGAGCUGCGCUUCCUGGGCGCCUGCCUGGAGGACCUGGCCCGCAAGGAUUAUCACUCCCUGCGCGACUCCGAGAUCAAGGCCAACAACCCCGCCGACCUGGGCAGCCUCACCAACCUGACGGACGAGGUGGUGCGCAGCAAACUCCUGGUGUCCCUCGCCCUGCUCGGCUCUGCCCACCGGGAGGCCGCCGGGGUCCUGUUCCGCACCCUCACCCACAUCGACUCGGUCAUCAACAACUACGGGCUGCAGCUCAACGAGGGCCGCACGGGGGAUGAGUUCCUGUUGCUCUUCACCAUGGCAUCCAACCACCCGGCGUUCAGCUUCCACCAGAAGCAGGUGCUGAGGCAGGAGCUCACCCAGAUCCAGAGUCUCAUGGCCAGCACCAGCAAGAAUCCCAGCACCUCUACCCUCAACACCAUGGCAACCUAUCCUGGCUGCCAUAAGGUCACUCCAAGGUCGGAGACCCCCAUCAACAGUGUCAGUAACAGUUUGGAAAACGUGCUCCACACAUCCACACAUUCCAUGGAGGAGUCAUUACCCAAGAGGCCUUCGGGGAAGCACUCCAAAGUGAGUGUUGAAAAAGUGGAAUUAAAGGGGCUGGCACACAAGAAGAAUGAAAGAAAUGUUGAGUAUUCCUUUGAGGUCCUGUGGUCUGAUUCUUCGGUGACGUUGGUAACCAAAUCUCCUGCUGAAGUGACUGAAUUCAUUUCAAAGCUGUCUCAGCUGUAUCCAGAAGAAAACUUGGAGAAAUUCAUUCCCUGCUUAGCUGGUCCAGAUUCAUUUUACCUGGAACGGAACCACAUGGACCUGGAAUCAGACCUGAGGUACCUGGCCCCGUUCCCUUCCCAUGUGGUGAAAAACGACCACGUCAGGAAGUUCUUCAGCACUUCAUCUCCCUCACAGCAACUUCAGAGCUCAAAUCCUGGCAACCCCUCCCUGUAUAAAGUAGGAACUACGCUGGGAACAUCUGGAAGACCUAUAUGUGGGGUGGCUGGAAUUCAGUCUUCCCAGAACCACGUGCAGCACUCUGCUGCUGCUCCCGUGUCUCUGCCGCACUGCUCGCACUCCGGAGGCGCCGGCUCCUCGCUGGGCUAUCGCUCCCAGCUGGAAACCUCCUCCCCAGCCAUGCUGAUGUCUUCCAGCCCUCAGACCCCUCAGACACAGGAGCAAAACGGGAUCCUGGACUGGCUCAGGAAGCUGCGCUUGCACAAGUAUUACCCUGUCUUCAAACAGCUCACCAUGGAAAAGUUUCUGAGUCUUACUGAGGAAGAUCUGAAUAAGUUUGAGUCCCUCACCAUGGGAGCAAAGAAGAAGCUCAAGACCCAACUAGAGCUGGAGAAGGAGAAAUCAGAGAAACGGUGCCUAAACCCCUCCACACCUUCCUCAGUGACCAGCAGUGGGGUGGCCAGGGUUCCCCCCACUUCCCACGUGGGGCCUAUCCAGAGUAUCCGGGGCAACCACGCUGCAGAGCUGCGAGUGGACGUGGAUCAGCCAGCCCACCCCCUGCCCCGGGAGGGCAGCUCCUCCGAGUACUCCAGCUCCAGCUCCAGCCCCAUGGGGAUCCAGACGCGGGAGGAGAGCUCGGACAGCGCCGAGGAGAACGAGAGACGCCUGGAGCUCCACCUGGACGCCUCGGACAAGGAGAAGCCGGUGAUGCUGCUGAACCAUUUCCCCUCGAGCUCUGCCAGGCCCACGGCCCAGGUGCUGCCUGUGCAGAAUGAGGCCGGCUCGGGCCCCGCCGGCCACCACGCGCUGCCCAUGCAGAUGCUGUCCCCAAGCCCGUCACACAUCACCCCCAUCCGCGUGCUCGGCUCCGUGCACAAGCCGGAGCGCGGCUCCGCGGACAUGAAGCUGCUCUCGUCCUCCGUGCACUCCCUCUUGUCUUUGGAAGAGAGGAAUAAGGUGUCUCCCGGCUCGAGGGGCAGCAUAAAGAUGGAAAAGGGCUUUGGGAACGCCGUGGUGGAUGUCAUGUCCGCGUCCUCUCCGCACCAGCCCUUGCAGGUGCUGUCGGGGGGUGCCGAGAGCAGCUCCCCCACAUCCACCAUGAACUUUGGGCCUCGGACCAAAGUCGUCCACGCUUCCACUCUGGACAGAGUGAUCAAACCAGCCCAGCAGCCAGGACUCAUCGUGGAGACCAGCACUGCUGCCACGGUGACGUCCAGCACGGUCUUCCACGUGGCUCGUCCGCCCAUCAAACUCCUGGUGUCGUCGUCUCUUCCCACCGACUCCGCCAUGGCCGGACAGACUUCCUGCUCCAGUAAUAUGCAAAUAACGGUGUCCCCUGCAAUAAUCAACCCCCGGACUGCUCUGUACACAGCCAACACCAAAGUUGCCUUUUCUGCCAUGAGCAGCGUGCCCGUGGCGCCCAUGCAGGGCAGCUUCUGCGCCAACAGCAACGCGGCCUCCUCCAGCAGCCACCCGUCCCCGUCCUUCACCACCAUGGCCAACCUGCCCAGCUGCCCCGCGCCCAGCUCCAGCCCCACGCUCUCCUCCGGCGCCGACAACAACUUCUACAGCAGCAGCAACAGCAGUAGCAGCAGCAGCAGCGGCGGCUCGGCCGGGAGCGUGCCCGUCCCCAACCAGAACCACCACCACCACCACCACCAGCAGCCGCCGCCGCAGCCCCCCGGCUGCAUGGUGUGCAGCUCCUGCGGCUGCAGCGGCAACUGCGGCUCCAGCGGCAUGACCGUCAGCUACGCCAACUAUUUCCAGCACCCCUUUUCAGGACCUUCCAUGUUUACUUUCCCUUUCCUGCCCUUCAACCCCCUGUGUAGCAAUGGCUACAUCAACACGCAGCAGUACAACAGCAGCACCACGUUCCCCGUGGUGCACACGGCCUACAACAGCGGCCUGGCCCCCGACUCCGUCAUGGCCGGGCAGUCCACCUUCGCCGUGCCCCCCAUGCAGAACUUUAUGGCGGGCACGGCCGGGGUGUACCAGGCACAGGGAAUGAUGGGCAACGGCAACGGCUCAAGCCACAAAAAAAACGGGAACCUCUCCUGUUACAACUGCGGGGCCAGCGGGCACAGAGCUCAGGACUGCAAACAGCCACCCAUGGAUUUCAAUCGGCAAGGUACGUUCAGGCUGAAGUACGCCCCUCCCUCUGAAAGUCUGGACUCCACAGACUGAGGUUUCCCCAGCUGGCACCACGAUGCUGUAAAGCCAUGGAGAGCGACGGAGAUCGAGCUGCAAAACUGAGACGUCCAGUUGCUGUUAAGCUUAAUGUAUUUUUUAAUCCAAAGGUGCUUUACUUUAUUAGACUAGGUAGAAAAUCUAGCUUAGGGGUGCAGCCAACCCAGUUUUGAUUGCCAAAUUCAAGCUUUGUUGUUGGAACUCCUGACCCCGUGUCCUCGGACCGACGGAUGGACGGAUGGAUGGUGGAGCUGGCCAGCCGCAGUUCCUGCUGGAAGUACAACAUCCCCUGUACUUUUUUGGCUGGAGAAUGUUGCCACAAUUGGACUUUUCCAAGGUGAAAGGCCUGACUCCAGGGCAGCUCUGUUCUGAGGUGGAAGGUAGGAGUGGCCGGAAGGACUUUGGCACCCCUGGGCUAGGUAAAAUGUCUACUUUUUUUCAAAAGUGAUCAGGCACUAAUCUCUGGGAUUUUUAAGGAUUGCACUACAGAAGAAUGUAAAACUCUUCAAGCUUUCUGCACUUUUAGCAGACAGUGUCACUCUGAGACCAGUGCAAGAGGCAAAGAAGUUCCAACAUUUACAAAUUGGCACCAGCAGGCUUACGGGACUUAAUUCCACAAUAAAAAUCCUAAAAAGUC